CUAUAUAAACCUCUCUCACCUUCGAUCACCACACUCAUCACAACCACUCUUAAUUUCUCUCUGUCUCGUUUACACAUCUCUCCAACCUUUCACUUUCGUUUCUCAGUUUUAUUCGAAUCCCUCUCUCAAUCUCCUUUCCAAAUGGCCAGCGUUGAGGUUGCACAGCAAACACCAACAACAGUUCCAGAAAAUGAAACAACCGAGGUAAGCAAGACCCAGGAAACAACCCCAGUCACUGAGGCUCCUGCAACAGAACAACCAGCAGCUGAGGUUCCUGCAACAGAACAACCAGCCGCUGAGGCUCCUGCCCCAGAAUCAACCACCGAAGCACCAAAGGAAGAAACCACCGAGGCACCAACAGAAACAGUAGAAAAAACAACUACAGAAGUAGCCCCAGAGGAGCCUAAAGAAGUUCCAGUUGAGACCGAGGAGGUGGUGGCAAAGGAGACAGAGGAAGAGAAGCCAGCAGAAGAGAAAUCAGAGGAGAAAACUGAAGAAGUGAAAGAAGAAGCAGAGGAGCCUAAAGAAACUACUGAAACAGAAUCAGCAGCAGCAGCACCACCAGCAACCACAGAGGAAGAGAACAAACCAGCUGAGUCAGUUGAAACCCCAGUAGAGGUUCCUGUUGAGAAGACUGAAGCUUAGACCUAUGGACAGUGUGAGUGAGAAAAACAAGUUUAAAAAUGGUCCUAGUUGUGGGGAUCAGGUCUACCAUUUUGCAUGCCAUGUUGAAAAGCCUCUUUUUUUUUUUUCUUUUUAUUUCUUUAGUUUACUUUAUUAAUAUUAUUAUAUGAUGCUUAAGUCUUUGGUUGUAUUAUGGAGGGUACACCUACGUGUAAGCACAACACUUGGCUCCACAUCAGCGUGCUUGCCACGUGGUGACAUGAGAAAUUCUGGGAGUUGUGUAUUGAAGUGAGCAAGCUGCUGGUGCUGGAGUUUAGGGGUGAUGGUUUAUUGGCAGGGUUACAUGAGUUUGUGAUGGUGUGUUACUGUGUUUCUUUAGGUUUGAAUAAAUGAUAUUUACUUUAUAAUUUAUAUU